UUGAGUCAUGGCUUGUUGGCUAAUUGGAUGGAGGAAAAAAAAAGCCCAGUAAAGCACAGACUUUAUAAUAGAAAGCUGAUCAAGUUAUUGGUUAUAAAUCUCGCCAACGCGAUAAAAUUACAGUAUAAAUACCACAACGUUUUCAAAACACCGUAUCGCAUCACCGUCACAAAAGGGGUGGAGUGUCGAAGUGAGGACUGUAAGAGGCUGAAAUCAUGGAGAAGCUUUAUUCAAAUCAUUUGGACAUAAUAACAGUUUAGGAACUAUUUAUCGUAUGCGAGAAAUAUAGUAUAAAUUUUUCUAAGAAGCACGAAAUUGGAAUAGUAAUAAAAUAUAAAAGCUUCCGCGAUUACCACCCACCCACAACAAAAUCACCAAUGUUGAAAUUAUGCAUGUUAUCACGUCAAUAUGGAUCACAAUGUGGACAAUCAGCAUUAUGAUAAAAGCACAAACUGAAGACGAACCGAAUCCAAUUCAGAACCAGGCAAAUUUACUUAGAGCAAUCCUAUGGGAAGAAAGGGAAUUCGAAGAAAUAGGAAAGCGAGCUUAUCAUACCCUCCCUCAACAUAGUGGAUUAGCAGACUGCUGCCCGACAGUGUCACAAAAAAUAAGUCCCAUUGGUGGCCUCUCCAGGGAGGGGAGACUACUCAAAUUAUACAGAGACCCUCGUACAGUUCAAAGGUUUUACGAGACUUCUUGUGCCGCCGGCGUCUUAAACCGACCUUGUCAGUACGUCGACAGUAUGAGGCGCUCUAAAUGUGUUCAAAGCUACACCUAUGUUUAUGCUAUUGUAAGGGAUUAUAACACUACACAACCAUACCGAAUGGACUAUAUGAGGUUAAAGUCGGGAUGCACUUGCAAAGUAUAUGACGAGCGUACAAUUGAAGAUUUAACGGACUGACCUUACGAAAUUCUGAUAGCUUUUCCUCGUUCUUACAAGAGACUACUUUACUUCGAGUGAAAAUGAAUCACUUUAAGACUUCCCGUUUUGCCUUCAAAAGCUUCCAAAUUAAAUAAAAAAUGUAAACUUUCUAGCUUAGCAUUUUCAUCGGAGUUUCGUAGGCAAUAAUUGAUUUAUGUAAAACUAUACAGAACAUACUGAGAGACGUGCCUAAGAAAUUGAUCUAAUAUGUAACUUAUAGUGUUUGAUUUCAAUAUUACUUUGUUAUGUUGUUUUUUUUAUUUUGUAAGCAAUUAUAAAAUGCCUUAUAACUGAAUGCUUUAGAUUUCAUUAACAUGAACUUGUUUUAUCGCUCUUGAAAUUGCCAAUACGUAUUAUUUUCCGAAAUCAGACAACGGAUUUGUAUUGUUACUUCUUGUUGAAACAAUAUGUAUUUGAAUAUGUUUUCUUUAACUGC